CAGCGAGUAACUCCCCUGCGGCUCUGCCGCCCCCGGAAGGCGGGCCGCGGGGGCGGGCCCCCUUCGCCUGAAUAUAAAAGCAGCGGUGGCCCAGCAGCGUUGCGUCUCGCCGGCACGAUGCGCGCUGCCCGGUGGCUGGGACUAGGACUGGCACUGCUCUGUCUCUGCCACCCUGCCGAGCCCUGGUACCGGCCAGCAGCUGGGCCCCGGUACUACUCGGUCGGCAGAGCCUCGGGACUACUCUCUGGCCUCCGCCGCCCAUCCCCUGCUCGCCGAUCCAGCGUCGAGGAGCCCGGUCCUGGUGUGCUGCCCGGCUCUGCCCGCCCACCCGCUUGGCUCCAGUCUGCGGUGCUGUGUGUGACAGAUGUGGCCCCUGAGCCGUGGAGCUGCUGGUCGCUGCCUGGAGCCCCUGGCACUCUACGGUGCAAGGCAGACAUAACUGUGUCUUUGGACCCCCUGGAGUGUGCAGAUACCUGAGCCAGCACCAGUGUGUCUCUGGUGACAAUAAACAUGCUUAGGCUGACUCUGUUGUCUGUCUUUGCAGGGGAGAGUGAUGCUGUGGGGUGGAGAGAGCCUGCUGGGUCUAAGGGGUUGGGGUUUCUGAGCCCCCACCCCAUCUCCCUGAGAGCUGCAGGGCCUCAUCUGGGGCUGGGGGCU